CAGAGUUUGUCUCUGUCUGUGGCAUUUUUUAUAUUAACCUCACUUUUGUCUGCAGUUUUAAUUUAAUUAUUAAUGCUCUUAAAAUUGGAUAAACGAAAACCAUUAGUUGAUUAUGGCAAAAGUUGCAGCAGGAUUUAUAAUAUUCAGAAGAUUCACGGGUGUCAUUGAGUUCCUUUUAUUGCAAUCUUCUAAUGGAGAACAUCAUUGGACACCUCCCAAAGGUCACACCGAUCCUGGGGAAACUGAUCUGCAAGCAGCAUAUAGAGAAACUAAUGAAGAAGCUGGACUCGUGAAGUCAGACUUCAAAGUUUUUGAGAAUGAGAAAUUCACCCUAAAUUAUGAUGUUAAAGGAAAGCCAAAAACAGUGCAUUAUUGGUUAGCAGAACUGACCGAUAAUAAUGCUUGUAUCAAACUGUCCAAUGAGCAUCAAGACUAUAAAUGGUUACCCGUUCAAGAGGCUUGUAACCAGGCCAAAUACAAAGACAUGGUGGAUUUGCUGAAUAAAUGUCAAAUGAUUAUAAAUGAGAAAUAUGCUUGAAUUAAAUCAGCUGUGUAAUAUUCUGAAAGAAUUAUAUUCAAAUAUGUACAUAAACAAAGAUGCAAAACAAUAUUUACAUUA